AUGCGGUUUCUUGCCCACGGGCCCCUGGCGGGACAUGCCGAAAACACUCACUGGGAUCACUCGAAUGGUAAACUUUGUCAGGAGCCAAACGGCUCACCGAAAACAAGGCUGGGGUACUCGAGCGUCAGGGAGGCGGGGAAUAUUCUCGAGCGCGUCCUGCAGCUGGCCCCGGUCCCGGAAGAGAUCGCAGCAAAAGCGAGGGAAAACGUCGAGUUCGUCUCGGCCAGCGACCUGCCGUAUUUCCCCAUCCCGUUCAAGGAGACGGAGCUCGGAGCGGCGCUGAAGGCGGUCGAGGCGAGCAUCGGUCUGGCCAUUGCCGAGUUGAGACGGACGGCGAGGACGCACACAGCCCAAAAUGGUCUUGCGAGCCAAGGAGUGGAAAGGGAGGAAAACGAGAAUGCAAGGCCACGGAUAAAGAUUGAUCUGGAAAAGACCACGGCGUUUUUAUUCCAGACGUAUCUGACGUCGAUUGGAGGGUUCGGCAAAUCGGACAAGGGGGCCACUCAGUUUCUCAAAGCAACCGAUCUCCUCGAAGCACAGUCAGACCUCUACCGGCGCAUGUCGGCAAACCUCUACAGCACAAAGACUCCAGGCGAGUACUACCACAUUCACGGCUCGCUCGAGGCAUCUUCGACGCUCCGGAUGCUGGGGCUGGAGGCGCGGCGUCCCGACCUGACGGAGAAGGGCCACGACGCCAUCGUGGACGAGAUUGAGUCUUGCGUGAGCCGCUACACGGUCGACGAGCUCGAGUUCCUAAACAGGCUGAACCGCCAAGCCGGCGUCCAGGCGUUGAAGCACGACGAGUUCCUGCAGACUGCACAUGGCAAGGCAAACUCCAAUUCACCACCGUGGAGCAUCGACGCCCUCGAGACGACAACACCACCCGCACCUUUCCUCCCGUGCACCAACCGCGACAGCAGCUCGCCGCCACAACGACGGCCGCUGGCGGGCAUCAAGGUGCUCGACGUCAGCCGCAUCAUCGCCGCGCCGACCAUCGGCCGCAUCCUGGCCGAGUACGGCGCCGACGUGCUCAAGAUCAACUGCCCGCACCUCAGCGACGUCCCCUUCUUCCAGCUCGACGGCAACAUGGGCAAGAGGACGGCCGAGCUGAAUCUCAAGUCGGCCGACGGGAGGAGGAGGUUCGAGGAGCUGCUGGCCGACGCCGACGUCAUCAUCGAAGGCUUCCGUCCCGGCGCCAUCGAGAGGCUGGGGUACGGGCCUCAGGCCGUGGCGAGGCUGGCGGAGCAGCGCGGCAGGGGGUACGUGUACGUCAGCGAGACCUGCUUCGGGCAUGUGGGGGAGUGGUCGAACCGGCCUGGGUGGCAGCAGAUAGCGGAUUGUGUCACCGGUCUGGCGUGGGAGCAAGGCCGCUUCCUCGGUCUCGACGAGCCCGUCGUGCCGCCGUUCCCCAUUUCGGACUACGGCACCGGCUGCAUGGGGGCCAUAGCAGCGCUCACGGGGCUCUACCACCGCGCCAAAUCCGGAGGGUCGUGGCACUGCAGGGCCUCGCUGAUGCACUACGACCUCCUGCUCAUGGGGAUGGGGCAGUACCCGGACGCCGUCAAGAGGUUCCUCCUCCACGGCACCGGGGGCCAGGAGACCCCGACGGCUAACAGCGGGGCGGCCGUGAAGAAGCAGAAGAAGAAGAAGCAGAGUGCCGACGACGACUGCACGGCCGGGACCGUCCGACAUCCCGGCGGCGCCGUGCCCAGGUUCCCGGACGACAUCCGACACAGCCACUCGGUGGACCAGGUGUCGGGGUCGGCGUUGCAGAUGAUGCGCCGCCGCCACCCGGACUUCUUUGCGCGCCUGCCUGGGAUCAUGGAGACGUGGCACUCGUCCGGCUUUGGGGCCGAGGUCGUCGUGGUGCAGCCCGUGGCGCAGAUCGAGGGCGUCGAGCUUGCAUACUCCCGCGGGAGCCGGCCCAACGGAUCAGACGACCCUACUUGGGAUGGUUUCGCCGGUCCUGGGAACGAUGUAAAAGUGGCGUAA